AUGGCAAUGAAACGAGAGAUGGUAUCAAAGAACCCCCAAACGGUAGUCUCAAGACCUAUUUCCCCUAGGAAAGUGAGGAGGGUGGUGAUGAGAUUCAAAGAUGAUGGUAAUAUCAAGGUUAGUGUCCGAGUUCGUCCCGCUGCGGCAAAUGAGGUAAAGCUAAACCUUCCGAACUUGAUUCUGAUGGACCCAGAAACAAAUAUUACUCAGCUCAAUCAUGUUUCUUCGUUUAUCCAGAGUGGAAAAGUGCUGUCGAAAGCUGGCAGAUCAGGCAACGUCGUGCAACCUAAGGUUUACAAGUUUGAUAAUUCAUUAUCAUCAUUUGAUCCCAAUAACAAAGGGUUUAUAGAUCAACAGACCGCUUAUGAGAAGAUUGGUAAAGAAUAUCUAAAACACACAUUGAAUGGAUACAAUACUUGUAUUUUUGCAUAUGGCCAAACAGGAGCAGGCAAGUCAUAUACAAUGAUGGGCACAGAUGAAGAACCUGGAUUGAUCCCAAGAAUUUGUAAAGAUUUGUUUAGGUAUUCGGAAAACUUGUUGAAUGAACGGCAAAUAAAUGUCAUAGUUAAAGUUUCGUAUUUCGAAAUCUAUAAUGAAUUUGUGUAUGACUUGUUGAAUUCUACCGAAUCAGUGAGUGGGAAACUGAGAUACCUUACAAAAUCAUCAAUGAAUUCUAAAGAUAUAUUGCAAAAGUUGAAGGUUAGAGAAUCUCCAGAAACCGGACCAUAUGUGGAGAACUUGUCAGAAUUCACAGUGAAGAAUUUCCAGGAAGUUUGCAAAUAUUUUAGGAUUGGAAAUUCCAAUAGAAUGACGGCUGCCACGAGAAUGAACUUGUCAUCUUCUAGAUCCCACGCAAUUUUCUCAAUAUCGGUGAAACAAAUCGAAUACUCAGAUAUAUUGACAAAUAAAAUUUUGAACGUGAAACAUUCAACUUUGAGACUCACUGAUUUGGCAGGGUCGGAAAGAUCCAGUUCUACUACCGGUCAACUUGAAAGAUUGAAAGAAGGCUCAAACAUCAACAAGUCUUUAACCUGUCUAGGUAGAGUUAUUAACUCGUUGGCAAAAUUGAAUACACAGUCCCAGGAGAAAUUUGAGAAAAUCGUGGUUCCAUACCGAGACUCGACGUUGACAUGGAUUUUGAAAGACUCUCUUGGUGGUAAUUCCAAAACUGCAAUGAUCGCUUGCAUUUCUCCUUGUGAUUAUGAAGAAACCUUGUCUACUCUUCGGUACGCCAACAAUGCAAAAAAAAUCAAAACUGAGGCAAAAAUAAACAAAGAGGAUACCAUGAAUGAUGACAUGACAUCACAACUAGAAGUGAUGCAAAAUAAGAUCAAUGAGCUCGAGAGCGCAUUGUCGAGGAAAUCGCUUAGAGGUAGUAUAAUUGGAUCGACAAGGAAUGAAAAGGAGAAAGAAUUGAUCAGGGCCACCGAACAAAAAAUCAGCAAUAAUUACAAGAAAUAUUUCAAACUUUAUCAAGAUAAAUUGACCGAGGAAGAUAGUAAAAACCACAUACUUGUCAAUGAGAUCAAUAAAUUGCAGAACGAAAACAAAAGAUUGAAUUUAAACUUAGAUUCUAUCAUUGGGCCGAUUUUGGACGAUAUGCACCCGACUGGGGAUGAUAUAGCUGAAUCGCAUGAUAUGACAAAUAACCUUGGCUCAAUAUCGCCGAGAAGAGUGAGAAUUGGACAGCAAUUAUCCCCGACGAGAUUAUCACCGCACAAAAGAUUGGAUCAAUACAAUAAAGAAAAUAAUGGAACAUUCAACGAAACAGACGACCAUUCCCCUACUAAAAUUCAGAAAUUUAGUGAGCUCUCCAAAGAUUUUGAUGAAUUAAAAUCAAAUUUUGCGAAAUCUUCAAUGGAUUUAUCAAAUGAUUUGACAAGGUUCCAUCCUAAUAAUCUAUCAUCUCUUGUUGCUGAUUAUGAUGCUGAUUGA